CCCAAGUCUUGAUGUCUUUGCUCGGAUUUUCUGGGAGAACACCAUGGUGAAAGAGAAACCGAAUUCAGUCCGAACGUAUGACGAAGACGGGUUUCGAAGAAGAGCGGCUUGUUUGUGUUUUAAGGAUGCGAGCGAACAAGAGGUAUUGCUGGUGUCCAGUAGUCGAAUGCCGGACAGGUGGGUGGUACCUGGGGGAGGGGUGGAGCCUCUAGAAGACCCAGAAAAUGCUGCUAAGAGGGAGAUACUGGAGGAGGCAGGGGUGCGGGGAGAGCUCGGCAGACACCUGGGUGUUUUUGAGAAUGUGGACCGAAAACACAGAACGUUGGUGUACGUGUUUAUUGCCACAGAGCUGUUGGAAGAGUGGGAAGAUCUCAGGUCAAUGGGACGGAAGAGGAAGUGGUUCAGCCUGGCUGAAGCGAGAGAACACUUGAGCAGUUUUAAGGCCAUACAGGUGAAUUACCUGGAUCUUCUAGAGCACGAGAAGGUCACUUGAGGUAACCGUGCCAGCUGACCUGUAGCUAGUGUGUUAUGCUCAAUGGGCUAACCACCCUAUUUCUAGUCUUACCUGCCCUGCUCACCUGUUAAUGAGCCAACAGUAAGUUACCUAUGGAGGUGCAUCUUCACCCUGCCAACAGAGGGCUUUACAGCAAGAGGACUAUUUCUUCAACUGAGGAACUACUUUUCCACACUAUUUUUCUAUCCAAUGGAUCUCAAAAAGUCAGACCGUGGAAGGUGAUUUCUGUAUCAUUUUAGAGUUUGAAUUGAUGUCUCAUGUGUCAAUCCAAAAGGAACAGCUGGACGAAGUCACUUCUCUAGUGUUUUCUCUCAUCCCCCAGAUUGUGACUCUUGUUUUAAUCUGAUUGAGUUCAAAAGGGCACCAUCCCACAUGGUGAUGUGUAUACUAUUUUGUGGGUGAUAUCCAUGAAUUUGUAAUCUGGCCUGUUGCAGGUUGGUCGUUGAUACUGGCAUGCAACAGGUUCUCAAAAGAUGCCAAUCUGUAUGCGUUUUUACUGGUUGAUCUCAGAUUGGAAUACCAAUGUGAUAGCUGGCACCACACCUUCACCCUCACCCUCACAAUUGGUCUAGCCCUCAGCCCCACAGUGGUAAGAUGUUAUAUUCAGCAGUAGUGUCAUUUGAUAUUAUGUCGUUGAUAUUAUAGCUACGAAAAGACAACUCAAAAUUAGGUAUUUUCGGUAUUGUAUUUAGAAAGGUUUGACGGGUUAUUAAGUGAGUUACAUUGCCUAGCAAUCAAAGCACUACAGAUCAGUU